UUGAUAAUGAGCUGAAGCAGCUUGAGAAAAAAGCCUAUAAAUUAUUAAAGAACUUCCACUUUUCUGAACAGGGACUAAUCUUAAGUGGCCUACUUCAGAAACUUGCUGACAUUGUGGUUAAUAGAAUGGGUGGUCCAGUUGGUGAUGCUGAUGAAAUUUUGAAAAGGUGGACCAUGAGGAGCCGUGAGUUAAGAAAUUCAUUAAGAACCAGUGUUCUUCCCAUUGGCUGUCUUGAUGUUGGACUUUCACGUCACCGUGCCCUACUUUUCAAGGUACUUUCAGAUAGAAUUAAUGUUCCCUGUUUGCUGGUCAAAGGGAGUUACUACACUGGAACUGAUGAUGGAGCUGUGAAUUUGAUCAAAGCUGAUGAUGGGAGUGAAUUCAUUAUUGAUCUGAUGGGUGCUCCUGGUGCUCUUAUUCCUGCCGAAAUACCCAGCAGUCAGCUUCAAAACUACAGUUUUCCUGUAAGGAGCUGUACAGAUAUUGUGGAGGUAUCAAAAGACGCACAUUUGAUGUUAGAUGACGGAAGUAGAAUGCUGGCAGUUUCUGGAAGAUGUUCAGCGGUAGGCACCGCUUGGCCAGAAGAAUUAAUAAAUGUUGGCAGUAAAAAAAUACCAGUUGAAAGGAAUUCUGUUGGAAUGAAUCAAGCAGAGAGGUCUGAGCAUAAAUUUGGGAAUCAUCUUCAGUCACUGCAUAAAUCAGGUGAAAGCUCUUCAGGUGCAAAAGCAUCACCAGCAGGAAAAAAGCAAGCGAAAGAUGUAUCAACAGGCCCAGAUUUUGCUCAAAACUUACACAUUGUUCAAUUAGAAAAUUAUGCACUACCUUCAUCGGAUCUCUUUUCACAUAUUAAUACACAAAAUACAGCUCAAGAUAAAGUGUUUGAAGAUUUUCCUCAGGUUACUGAAAAAAUUGUCAAAAAUUCUGUCCAAGCUGAUCCAGAUAAGUUGUUAUCAAGCUGUGAAAAGUCUGUCAAAUCCCCUCAAGGGGUGUGCUCUACCAGUGAUAAUGCGAGGAAGGUGCCAGAUACUUUCUGUAAUGGAAUUGAAGAACUGGAGCAGCUAGAAGCAUUAGACAUAGAAAGCGCUUCAUCCAAUGCUCAUCAGAAGCAUGAAGAGCAAUUUCUUGAGUCGUCCUUGCCCAGAGCAGCUGUGUCUUGCAAAAGACAAAGAGGGGUUAACUUUGUUUGCGACGAUGAUGAAAAUCUUCUUAAUAAUAAGGCUGUAGAGGCUUUUAAUGACACUGAAUUGGAUAAGGCUUCUGCUGUCCAAUUAAAUGAAACAGCUAAUGGAGAUCACACUAAAUAUGAUGGCAAAAGUGAUAAAGUUAAUGCAGUUCUAGGUGAGGGCGUAGAAUGGGAGAUUCAAUGGGAGGAUCUUCAAAUUGGUGAGCGAAUUGGUAUUGGUUCCUAUGGUGAGGUCUAUCAUGCUGACUUGAAAGGCACCGAAGUGGCUGUGAAGAAGUUUCUAGACCAAGAUUUCUCUGGUGAUGCAUUGGCUCAGUUUAAAUCGGAAGUUGAGAUAAUGUUGAGACUGCGGCAUCCUAAUGUUGUGCUCUUCAUGGGAGCAAUUACCCGACCCCCACAUUCCUCUAUCUUGACAGAGUUUCUCCCAAGAGGAAGUCUAUAUAGGCUAUUACACCGACCCAAUUUUCGACUUGAAGAGAAGAGACGGUUGCGUAUGGCUUUUGAUGUGGCUAAGGGAAUGAAUUACUUGCACACAAGCCAUCCUCCCAUUGUCCAUCGGGAUUUGAAGUCUCCAAAUCUUCUUGUUGACAAACAUUGGGUUGUUAAGGUCUGUGAUUUUGGCUUGUCCCGCUUGAAGCACCAUACCUUUUUGUCUUCAAAGUCUACUGCUGGAACGCCUGAGUGGAUGGCUCCAGAAGUCUUAAGAAAUGAGCCAGCCAAUGAGAAGUGUGAUGUAUAUAGUUUUGGUGUGAUUUUGUGGGAGUUGGCUACCACGAGGAUCCCAUGGAAGGGGUUGAACCCAAUGCAGGUUGUUGGAGCUGUCGGGUUUCAAAAUAGACGGCUUGAAAUUCCAGAGGAUGUUGAUCCAGUAGUAGCACAAAUUAUAUGUGAUUGUUGGCAAACGGAGCCACACUUGCGACCAUCAUUCUCACAGAUCAUGUCUCGUCUCCGCCACCUUCGGCGCCUGGUUGUUAGAACAGAUUCGACUGAAAAACCAAAUGAAGUUGGCCAUAGUACCAAAUUAUUGAGAUGAUAGUUGUUGCUUGGUUCAGAGAUCCGGAGCAGCUAAAGCUUUCAACGUUUUGUGCUUUCAAAUUAAAACAAGAAAACGGAUUAAGAGCUUAUCAGCCUGCCUCUAGCUGGGAUGCCAACAUGGAGAGCAGCUAAAGAUUUUACCUAUUGACAUAUGAGGAGAUUGCUGAACUGGGAAGUGUAAGGCUCAUUCAAAGCGGUAGGCGCAAACAACCAUCAGAGCACGGUAAAAACCGUUCCAACUACCUGCAUUAGUGCGGUUGAAGUUUGGUUUUCACAGUUCAGUAUCAAAAUUGUAUUUAAAAUAAAAAAAAACAAACUUUAUAUUUUUGGGGGGGAGAACUUGACAGCAAUUGUAUCUAUAGUCAGUUUUAUAAAGCAUGAGUUAGAGUAGGGCCGACAAGUUGUCCAAGGAAAAAAGGAGCAGGGACAACUGAAUAAUCCACCAGAAAAAGAGGGGUGAGGAGAGAAAUAGGCAAAAGAAAAUAAACGGUACAAAAUUGUUCAUUAUAAUUUGUAUGUAGAGGACCUAUUUGGAGUUUGGAAUUGUUAACAUGUGAUCUUUGCGGUUCAAGUGGAAAUGUAAACAGAAAUCUCGAAAUGAAGAAAGCAUUUGUAUA